CAAGAGACACUCCAUGAGGAGACACACUACAGUGGAAAGGGUUCAAACGGGACGGACUGGGAAUCAGUUCGAGGUGUUGGAAGAGCCUUUCCUCGGAUCGUGUGCGAUUUUGGCAGGCUGUGCGCUCUUUUCCCAUCGUCCGGAGGAUCCUCUCUCUUCGUCCAGGGUCCAAAUAUGGAGACGAAGAAAGAGAAAUUAUUCCAUGAGGAGUUGAUAGAAAAGAGUGUUCCGAUGGAGGGGAAGAACCCACCGACCUACCUUCUUCCUUUCCGGCCCAUCACCGCAAGAGGAGAUCGAUACCGAUUGGGCGAAUAUCAGGAAAGCGGACGAUGCAUGAACGUCCUCGUAAUCGGCUUCACUGGAUCAGGGAAGUCGAUGUUGGUGGAGGCGAUGGGGAAUUACGGGUUGGGGGUGGAUUUCCGGGAUCCCUAUCGAUUCCAGGUGAAAAUGGAAGAACCCACAGAGAGAAGCAUCUCCCACACCUUCUUCGCCAGAGACGCUCGAAGGUUCCCCCGUCCGGUCACUCUCAUCGACACUCCGGGCUUCCCAAAGGGGACGGAGAAAAUCUGCGUCUUCGUCCUCUCUAACUACCUGGACGUCCACGCCGUCGUUUACGUCAUCCAAGGCUCCCAGGGUAGAUUGACGGAGGAACAAAAAACAGCGCUGGAAAACGUGGCCAAAAUCUUCGGAAAUGAAACCGAGAAGAUAUCUUAUCUGUUCUGCACAUUCGCGGACAGCACGCACCUCCCCGUCCUCGAAUCCGUGAAAGAGGCGGGGCUGAAAUACAAGAGGCAUUUCCCCGUGAACAGCUCUGCCUACUUCGCGAAGGAGGAGGAAGACGAAAAAGAUGAGCAGGGAGAAGCGGCGAAGGGGGGGUCCAUCAACGAGUUCCUGUCGAAGAUGACGACGGAGAGCAUUCGGAAAUUCUUCAAGGAUGUUCAGAAGAAUGCCCCGAUUCCGGUCCGAGAGCUGUUCGUGAAAGAAAUGCACUCGACCACGGCCUCCAUCGACAGAUUUUCCUGGAAGGUGACGAUGGAUACCUUUCAAGAAGUCAUCGACAACAUCCAGGAGAAUCGACCCGUUCGGGCUCGUAGUCUGCUUAACUUAUUACAAAAGAAAGAAGAAGAAAGAAAGAAAGAGGAGGAGGAGGAGGAGGAGGAGAGACCCAGAGGAGACAUAGUCGAGGAAGGAGAGCCGCCGCGUCCGGGGACGGAGAACGGCGAGGCAUCCCUUCGACUCCCUGGCGAGGCCUCCGUUCAGCCCGAUGGAAACCUACCGAGCUUGCCCUUCAUCGCGGAUCCAAUGACGGAGGAGAGAGAAGAAAAAGGAUUGCAUGAGGAGAUGAUAGAGAGGAGCGUCGAGAUCCAAGGAUGUCAUCUCCCGAAUUACCUUCUUCCAUUCGAGCCGAUAACGGCUAAUCAAUACCGACUGGGGGUGGAUCUGCACGGCGGGCGAUGUCUCAAUGUUCUGGUCCUCGGCUUCGUUGGAUCAGGAAAAUCGAUGCUGGUGGAGGUGAUGGGGAAUUAUGGGUUGGGAGUGAAUUUCCGGGAUCCCUAUCGAUUCCGGGUGAAGGAAGAAAGACCGACAAGUGAAAUAAUUUCCCAUACAUUUUUCACCAGAGACGACCUGAGGUUCCCCCAUGCUGUUACCCUCAUAGACACCCCGGGCUUCCUCGAGUGGGAAACCGAGGUGACCCAGAAGUUGGCGGAAGAAAUCCGCUCAUUCCUCCGCGUGAACCGACUGGGCAUUCACGCCAUCGUUUAUGUUAUUCCAUGCUCUCAGGUUGCUUCUUCUUUCCUCAUCUCGAGAACCCUUCCAAAACGUCCACCUUCCAUGUGGAUUCGGAACCAGGUGGAUGUCCCCCUAGGCGUAUUUCCACCGAAGAGUUUGACGAUGGAAUAUAAGAUGGCACUUCGGUACAUGGCCGAAGUCUUCGAAGAUCAGGAUGAGAGAAUCCAUGAGAUCUCCUAUGUCUUCGUCACAUUCCCGGACGGGAAACUCCAUUCCAUCCUGGAAUCCGUGAAAGAAGCGGGUGUGAGAUACAGAAGGCAUUUCCCCAUCGACAGUUCCUCUUACUUCGUCAAGGAGGGGGAGAACGGAAACGGAACGGCGUCUUCCAGCGAAGAGGACGAGGAAAAAGAGAAAGGAGUGAGAAGAGAGUCCAUCAACGAAUUGCUGUUUAACAUCACAACAAAAAAUAUUCGAAAAUUCCUAAAGGAAAUUCAAAGGAAUCGGCCCAUUCAAUUCUCGGGAUCUCCAAACAUCAGGAGAAAAGGAAAAGGGAAUCACGAAGAUGUGGAAGCAGGAAAUCCGUCCAAAUAUCUGGGUUAG